GUAGCAGCCCAAACCGAAACUCAACUCUGAACAGAGCUUGGUCCUGGUUAAGCCCUAAUCCAAUCCCACAAAGCGGGAAAAACUCACUCAAAAUGAAGUACACGAGCAGGUUCGGGAGAGACCUUAAUCCAACCCCCCAAAUCGAAACAUGAUGAGAGGUACAGGCGGUCGCCGGCGGCGGCCGAAGGAGUCCUUUAAACCAAUGCCGACGCCGACCCAAUCGGAGCACCUACGUCAAUUCGGACGAGACUCCGAUGCCAGCUUCGCCAGCAACCGGCCCUCUUCCUCCGUCGGAAUCGGUCGGGCCGCCUCUUCUAAUACCUUCGAGCUCUACAAGGAUCGCUCAAUUCAACAAUCUGCCUUCUCCACCAUCAACUCCUAUCUCUCCUCCCAAUCCUUCGCUCCCCUCAAAACCCCCUUGCCGUCCGCCAAAGAAAUCACCACCACCCUCCAUUUCCUCCUCGCUCGUCUCGACUUCCCUUUCUCCAAACUCGAUGAAGACCUACCCUUUUUGCUCAAGUCCCUGAAUUACCCGUUCAAAUUCAACAAGUCUAUCCUCAAAUCUCCCGGUACUCCACACCAGUGGCCCGCUUUUCUCGCCUUGAUCCACUGGCUCGUCCAGAUUGCUCUCUUCAACGAUUAUCUCUCUUCGUCGUCGCCUUCGACGACCGACAACGACAAUGAUGAGAUGAAGGCGUACGUCUUGGAGAGUUACUUGCAUUACAUACGCGGCGAUGACGACGCGGUGGACUCGUUGGACGGUGUUUUUGUGGAGAAACUGGAGCGGAAGAAGGAGGAUUUGAGGGAAAAUGUUGGGGUUUUGGGCGUCAAUGUGGCGGAGCUGGAGGCGAAGGCUGAGGCGUUGAGGUCGGGCCCUUCUCAGAAGGAGGUGCUUGAGAAGGAUAAAGGACUGUUGGAGGAGGAUGUGAACAAGUUCCACACCAUUAUUUCUGAGUUCUCCGACAGGAUAGCGGCGACGGAGAAGGUGUUGGAGGAGAAAGAGAGGGAAUUGGAGGCCAAGGUGGAGGAGAGGAAGAGGAUUUGCGAAGAAAAUGAGGAGUUGAAGAGGAGGGCGGAGACGCAGACAAUGAGUUCAAGGGACGUAGAGAGGAUGAGGAGAGAGUUGCAGGCCAUGGAGAGGGAUAUUGGGGAGGCAGAGUUGGCCAGGAACACGUGGGACGAGAAGUCCUGGGAUCUUGACGCCACGCUUGGCCACAAGUUUAAGGAGCUAGAGGCGCUCGCCAUGGAAUGCAACCAGGCUAUGAGAAGGUUAAAGAUUGGUGACCAUUUUCAGUAUGCAUUGAAUGCCAAAGGGUCUACACCUGCUGAAAUAAUGGGUAUUGAUUACAAAUCAAAACUUAAGCCUGCACUUGAUUCCUAUGCUGUUGACAUACAGAAGAGUUCCAUGGAAAAAUUAGAAGACUUGAUUUCACUUCAGCAACUGUCAAAGGAAAAUGCUGCCAAGAUUGAGGAGAAAAAAAAUCACAUAGUGGCACUCCAAUCCCACAUUGAUGCAUUGGAAGCUCAACUGAACUUGCUGCAGAAGGAAAUACAGGACUACACAUACCGAUGUGCAGCAGAAGCGAAGACGAUGAUAGAGGAAGUUCAAAGGGAGGCCCAUGACUUAGAUGCUGUGGAAAGAGAAGCAGCGGAGGUUCUGAAGACGUCCAAGUUGAGGUUGCGGGAAGCAAUCAAUCAAAGUGAAGAAGAAAUUCAGAUCCGUGCCUAUGACCUCUUUACAUUGGUUGACUCAGUCUCAAGAUACAAAGAACAUGUGGAGUCAAAUAUAUCAGAAAUGAAGACCAAUCUUGCAGAAGCUGCUGUCGCUGUAUCAGAUGCUUACAAGGGUUCCUUGCCUGCACGAUUUGCUACUGUUUUGAACACAAAUCUCUAACUUAAGAAAAACAAUAAGUUUGUAACAAGUUCGACCUUUUUCUCAUUCUCAUACCACUUUUUUGCUCCCUAGUGUCGUAAUUAUUGGACGGGUACAUCAGAUUUCAGCAGUCUAGAAGAUGAUUUCAAUGUGUAUCAUGUGGUGUCUAUGACAAGAACGUAAUGCGCGGAAGUUUGAGAACAAGGAGAGAUUGUUAGAGGAACUAUUUUAUUGCAAGUAAUGUACUUGAUCCAAUGCUGUUGAUUUAAAUGGCAAGGCCUUUCAUGAUUUCCUUGUCUCUCUUGCACCCUCCUAGUCAGAUUUGUCUCUUGUAUAUACUGGGCUAGGCCUAUUUUUGGAGUAAUAUAAUUUGUUUACUUAUA